AAUCUUUUCUCUUUCACCAACCACCACCAUGUCGGUCGAUCCGCAGCAGCUGUUGGACACGCUCUCGAGCCAAGUUCGCCAAUACGCCGACGUUGCUUCCGAGUUCAUUGAUAAGAAUGUCGACCGCGCCGCUGUAGUUGUCAGAGAGACUCUGUCCACCUCGGAAUGGGUGCCAGAGUCUGUCAGGCCUAAGCCUGCGGUGAAAGAAGUGGUGGCAGUCGUUUCUUUGGGGCGCUUCGAAAGGCUCCAAAACUGGAUUGCCGAGCACAAAAUUUUGACUGGAAUGAUAGUCUUGACCUGCGGAACCGUUGUUUAUAAAGGAUACUAUGAAAGUCGCUCCAUGAGAAAGACAAGACGAGCGAGAAGGGCACGAAAUGGCGGGCGUACUGAUGUCGUCGUUAUCGCCGGAUCUCCAUCUCUUCCUUUGACAAGGUCUUUGUCUUUGGACAUGGAGAGACGGGGUUUCAUCGUCUUCAUCGUUUGCAACGCCGCUGAGGACGAGUCCAUGGUUCAGGCUAUGAAGCGACCCGAUGUUCGACCUCUGAGCAUUGAUACCACUGACCCUCCCAAUGCCGGCUCUGCCAUCGAACAUUUUGCCCACUUCCUCCAGUCACCUCAAGCUCCUGGCCCUGGAAUGAAGCCCAACCAGCUCACUCUGAAAUCCGUUAUCCUGAUCCCGAGCCUCCACUACCAGACGUCUCCUAUCGCAACAAUCCCACCAUCCAGCUUUGCCGACCUUUUCAAUACCCACCUCCUCCAGCCCAUCCUUACAAUCCAGGCUUUCCUACCACUACUCACAUCCCGCUUGAACCCCAUCGGAGAAAAAUGGAUUCCUCCCAAGGUUCUUGUCUUUACUCCCUCCAUCAUUUCCUCAAUCAACCCACCAUUUCAUGCGCCUGAGGCUACCGUUUGCUCGGCCCUGUCCGCUUUCACGGAAGUCCUCACCGCCGAACUUAGACCCCUCGAUAUUCCGGUGACCCACAUGCAGCUCGGCACGUUCGACUUCUCCAGUUUCGUCCCGACUCGUGGCGGUCCCAACCAAGGCCUCGUCACCGCAGGAAACCCCGAGUCUCCUCUCGUCUGGCCUGAGGGCGCUCGACACGUGUAUGCUCGAAACUUUGUCGCACAAACUAGCUCUGCUAUCUCCGGAGGUCGUAUCCGUGGACUGAAGGGAAGCUCGCUUCGACGCCUCCACAACUCUGUUUUCGAUGUGAUUGAUGGUUCCAUCACUGCUGAUACCGUACGAGUUGGCCUCGGCGCCAGCGUGUACGGCUUCGUCGGACGAUGGGCCCCCCGAGGCCUCGUCUCUUGGAUGAUGGGCAUCCGCCGAGUUGACGAGCUCUCCACAUGGAAGACAAGCUCCUAUGAAGGUUCAGAGAGCAGUGACGAGGAUGAUGAGAGCGAGAAGGGCGAAGGAGAAUCAAGCGAAUUUGUCGCCGUCCCAACAGAGGCUAACGUCUGGCAUGCUGACAAUGAGGGAGCUAUGUGGACUCCCCAGGCAUCUGAGACCGCUUGAGCGAUAAAGAUUGAAAUUUAUGCUGGAUAUCCGAUGUAAAUUGGAUCUGCAUGACACGCAUUAUGAUGGGACAUGUAAAACGUUCGAUUUUGUUACAUAUAGACGCCGUCACGACUCCAACUCUUGAAUGAUUUUCACACUACGGUUGUUGGAAAAAUACAAAUCCAAUUGCCUUACUUUCGACCAGUACUUUGAGGUUCAC